GUACGGUUGCGGAGAGUACUCAAUCUUCAUUUUCGAGCAUGAUGGUGGGAUCUAAAAAUAAAGACAUUGGAUAUAAAAAGGGGCCGACGUGUUAUUCCUGGUUUCGGAGUAUCUGCUCAUUCACAGCUUUGACAUGAAGUCAAACUUUGUCCAAUUUGUGAGCUUGUUCCUUGCAGCUCAAAGUGUCUUUGUAGCUCAGGCACAAUGUCCAUUCCACGCAAAGAGAGGCAACACUCAUGAGUCCAACCAGUUCAGCGGCUAUGUGGUUAGCGAUGCCGGCAUGCAAGAAACCACUCAAUUCGGCGUCAAAAUCAAUAACACCGACAGUCUGAAGGCAGGCCUUCGUGGCCCCACUCUUUUACAGGAUUUCAUGUUACGAGAAAAAAUCAUGCACUUUGAUCAUGAAAGAAUUCCAGAGAGAGCAGUUCACGCCAGAGGUGUAGGCGCUCACGGUUACUUUGAAACGUAUGAUGACUGGUCUCAUCUCACUGCCGCCAAAUUUUUGCGCACACCCAAGAAGCAAACACCUGUUUUUGUUCGAUUCUCCACCGUGCUUGGCUCGCGCGGAUCAGCUGAUACUGUGCGCGACGUUCGUGGUUUCGCUACACGAUUCUAUACAGAGGAAGGUUUGUUCGAUUUAGUCGGAAACAUUAUUGCUCCAUUUUUUGUGCAAGAUGCUAUCAAGUUCCCCGACUUGAUUCAUGCUGGUAAACCCGAACCGGACACCGAGGUACCACAGGCAGGAACCGCUCAUGAAACGGCGUACGAUUUCUUUGCCGAAUUGCCAGAGACCAUUCAUACCGUUCUGUGGGCUUUAUCGGGCCGUGGUCUCCCCAGAAGCCUUCGUCAAGUCGAAGGUUUCGGUGUACACACGUUCCGUCUUAUUAACGAAGAUGGAAAAUCGGUCUUUGUCAAGUUUAUGUGGAAACCAAAGCAGGGUCUUUCCAACCUCGUCUGGGACGAAGCUCAAAAGAUCGCCGGCAAGGAUAGUGACUUCCAUCGCAACGACCUUUAUACAGCUAUUAACCGUGGCGACUAUCCGGAAUGGGAGCUCGGCGUGCAAAUUGUUCCCGAAAAAGAUGAAGAUAAAUACGACUUUGACUUGCUGGAUCCUACCAAAAUUAUUCCAGAAUCUUUGGUGCCAUUCAAGCCACUGGGUAAAAUGGUCCUUAAUCGUAAUGUGGAUAAUUAUUUUGCGGAAACUGAACAGGUCACUUUCCACCCCGGUCAUCUUGUUCGAGGUAUUGGUUUCACCAAUGAUCCUCUUCUUCAAGGCCGCCUCUUCAGCUAUCUCGAUACACAGCUCAACCGCAUGGGCAGCGCCAAUUACAUGCAAUUGCCUAUCAACCGCCCUUUGAACAAAGUCCACAAUAACCAAAGAGACGGUUUCAUGCAAACCAACAUCCACAAAGGCAAGGUGGCCUACUAUCCCAACGGUCUUCAAGACAACACUCCUUCGGUGGUGGACGGCGAUAAAGGUGGUUAUAUCGAUUAUCCUGAAGAAAUGGGAGGCCGUGCCAUGCGUGGCAAGUCCAGCAAGUUUUUCGAUCAUUUCUCCCAAGCUCAGCUCUAUUGGAAUUCUUUGACGGAUGCUGAACGUCAGCAACUGGUGGAUGGUGCGCGAUUUGAAAUCGGCAAAUCAAAGUCGUUGGAUGUGCGCAGGCGAAUGAUUCAUGUUCUCAAUCACGUGGAUAACGAUCUCGCUCGCCGCGUUGCCUCGGCCGUCGGUGUGGAGCCCCCGAAACAGGUGGUCGAAAACAAGAAUCACACCACUUCCGGCAUUUCCAUCGAACGGUAUCCCAAGGCCAAACAUAUUCGCACUCGCACUGUCGCCAUUCUUACGGCACCAGGCACCGAUAAGGAAGACGCGCAAAAGAUGUAUGAAUAUCUCGAUAAGGAAGGUGCUUAUGUAGAAUACGUUGGCUUGAAUCUCGGAUCCCAGGACGGUCUGAAUAUUACGAGCACCUACGUCACUUCAUCGUCUGUGCUCUUUGAUGCUGUGUAUGUGCCUGGCGGUCAAGUCGCCAUUGACACCCUUCUCGAUAACACGAGCGCAUUCCCGUAUGAAGAACCCGUCAUGUUUGUUCUCGAUGCCUACCGUCAUGGAAAGCCUAUCGCUGCCUCGAAUGAAGGUGUAAAGCUUCUCACAGCUGCAAGAAUAAAAUUGGCACGAAAGCUAGGUGAACACAAUGGUGUCAUUGUGGAAAGUGAUCAUUCUUCCCUUCAGGAGGAAUUUAAAAAGGCUCUUAUCCAGCAGCGAUUUUGGUCUCGCUUCCCCUUGGACACUAGAACAUAGAAAUUCCGAAAUUCGUUUAUCAUUCUCGCAUAAUUCUGUGGGCCUAUCGAUUUGACGAAAUGAACGCGUCAUUCACGCGGACAUUUAAAAAUCACUAUUGUCUCUUGCCAAAAAUAGAAUUAAUAAAGUGAUGCCCCACCCACUGUACAC